AUGGCGAAAGUUCAACUUGACUGCAGAACAUUCAAAGAAAGAAUGGAGAACAUAAUUAAAAUACUCCCCGAGGAGGUAGACGGCCUGAUGAUCACAUUUGGCGAAAGAAAUACUACAUUUUCGUACGGAAUUAAUUCAGCUAUGUUUUUCUAUUUGCUAGGGUACGAGUUCCCAGAGACCGCCCUUAUCAUCAGAAGGACAGAAGUGCUUGCAAUUUCAAGCGCAAAAAAGUGCGUGAUACUUGAGCAGCUAAAGGAGACUGUGUGCAUACGAACAUUCAGCAGACUGAAGGACAAAUCAAAUCAGGCCGCUAUUGCAGCAGAAGUAGCGCAGAUAUGCGGAGACAAGCCUGUGGGCGUGCUGAGCGAAGAAAGAGGACAGGCUGUUAAAGACUGGGAGAGCUCUCUAAAAACAAAAAACAUGGAAAAAGAGAUAGAGAAAAUGCUUGUGAAAAAAGACAGAAAACAGCAGGAGCUGAUGCGUCUGGCCAGUCUCUCCGCAAUGCAGGUCGUAUCUCUGCUGGAGGGAAAGAUAAAACACAUCCUCAAAACAGACGACAGAGUGAUACACGAAGAGCUGAGCGAUCAGAUUGAGUCCGCACUGGAGGUGGAAAUGAAGAGGCUCCCUGAUGAGCUCGAUCAGUCGUACAUUGAGCUCUGUUUCAAACCGAUCAUACAAAGCGGAGGGAGAUACUUACUGGAAAAACCUGAAAAUGGAGAAUAUGUAAAUGUUUACAACGACCAGCUGCUUUACUUCGACAUCAUCAGCUACUACCUCUGGGUCGCAUACAAAGGGCAUUGCUCCCAUGUGGGAAGAACUCUUCUGGUGGCCCCGAACAAAAAGAGCAAAGACGUGCUGGGGUAUGUUCUGAGAUUUAUGAAGUACCUGAUAAAAAAUAUAUCAGUUUCAAAAACACACGCACAGAUAAAAGAGGAGACAAUGAAAAGAUUCAACGAUGUGGUUGAUCCGUACUACAAGGACGAGCUGCGCUCUAAAAUGAGAAUAAAGCUUGGAGCAGGGAUAGGAAUACGCCCAGAAGAGGGCCCAUCGGCUGAAGAGCUGGAGAAUGAGCUUGUUAAGAAUAACUCUGUAUUUGUUGUUUCUGUUGGAUUCUACGAUCUGAGGCACAUGAUCGAUGACGAGGACAGACUGGGCACCAUUCACAUGGACAAUGUGGUGCUUGUGGAAAACAACACACAGAAAGUGCUCACGCCCUUCAGCAUCGAGCCAUCUGACUACAUUUUCGAAAAAGCCGUGGAAAACACAAAACGCACGCUCCUCGGAAGAAGGCUCAGAAACAGAGAUAAAGAGCUGGAGAGAGCAAAUGAAAUAAACGAGCACCAGAAACAGCUAAUGGACGAGCUGAUUGAAGAACAGCUGCAGUUCUACAAAAGCCAGGAUGUCCAGGAGGAAGAACAGAUGCCCGUGGAAACGGUGGAAAAGAGCGUGUCGUACGAGAAAGAGACACAGAUACCAAGAGGAAGCUCUGUUAUCAAAAUAGAUAAAAGAGCAUCGAGUGUGGUUAUCCCUGUGUUCGGAGCAGCUGUCCCCUUCCACAUCGACAUGAUAAAAACUGCCACAAAAACCAUUGAAGAUGGAAUUGGGUACCUGAAAAUAUCUUUCUACAGCCCAAACACAGCGGACAGUGCGAGCGUAAACAACCUUCUUUCUCUUCUCAUAAAAGACACACAGGAGAACGUACUAACCACCUGGAAAGAGAUCAACAACAUGAAAAAAGAAGAAGAAGACGAGUCUGAAGAAGACAUCGAAGAAGGAGAGCAGGAAGACCUGCAGGAGAUAGUAGACAAAGUGGAAACACUGCAGAACGUGUUCAUGCGAUGCGACCACAGAAUGGGAACCAAGAAGAAUGUGGCCAGCACAGUGGAGCUGCACAAGAACGGGCUGCGAUACCACUCAAAACAGGCAAAGAAUGUAGACAUUUUGUUCUCAAAGAUAAAGCACAUGUUUUUGCAGCCUGGCGCAGCAGAGUCUCCAUCGAUCCUCCAUUUUAAGCUGUCUGCCCCCAUUAUCAUUGCAGAGAAAAAAACUGUUGAUGUGCAGUUUUUCAGAGACUGCGUGGCCAAUGCAGUGCACGACACACGAAAAACAAGAAACAGAAUGGGAGGAGAAGACGCCGAAAUGUACGAAGAGGAGGAGGAAGAAAGAAUGCGAGAAGAGAUAAACGAAGCCUUCCAGAAGUUUGCAAGACAUGUAGCCAGAGAGUCAAGGAUUAUUUUGGAAGAGCCGAUCUCAAAAGGGUUCUUUGGAGUUCCGCACAGACAGAGCGUGUUCAUCCAGCCCACGGCCGAGUGCCUCAUCAACCUAACGGAAUUUCCCUUCUUUGUCCUGCCAUUUAAGGACAUUGAAAUACUCAACUUUGAAAGAAGGAUAUCAGGAGUUACCACUUCUGAUUUGGUCUUUGUGCUGAAAGAUAAGUCCAGAAACCCUGUGCACGUCCACGGAAUAUCGGCAGCCUCUGUGCCCUGGCUGAUGGACUUCUUUGACUCGAAAAAUAUUUGCUUUACUGAAACAAAAGUGAACAUUCAGUGGAGCAAUGUCCUGAGGAGCAUUUUAGACGAUCCCAUCGCGUUCUAUGAAGGAGGAGCAUGGGCCAUCCUGCAGCCCAGCAGGGAGACAGGAGAUGACGAGGAAGAGCCCGAGGACAAUGAUGCAGUCGAUCUGAACACAACAGAAGAGUCUGACUCAGAAGAUGAAGACUUUGUAACGGAUGAGGACCUGACAGAGUCGGAGUCUGAGUCAGAGAACGAAGAGGAAUCAGGAUCGUACGCUGCGAGUGACACAGGAGAAGACAGUUUCAUAGUUUCAGAUGAAGAAGAGGAGGAGGAAGAACUACCCAGGAAAAAGAAACAGAAAAGAUAA